AAAACUAGCUCUAACACUGUAGUUAUAACAAAAAGGGACGCUGCAUAUAUAGUUUGAAAAGGAGAUGUUAUUUUACUUUGCUAAGUACAAACAACAAAGGAUACUGUCAGUCUAUAUCCCAUUUUUCAAUUUGACUAUUUUCUCUCUAUUUGACUCCAUGACUGACGCCGCCGCCGCUGCUGCUGUUCCGACGGUAACCGUUACCGGCGGCGACGACGGUAUACCGCCGGAUCCACUUUUGCAGUCCGGCACCUACAUAGACGCUGAGGAGAAUUCUAGGGUUGAAACCAACACGCCGAACAAAGGCACCGGCGGCGAUGUGCCUGAUGAAGGAAAGGAGGCCGAUCUAACUAAUCCGGCGCCGGCGGAGGCGGAGACGGCGGAGGCGGAGACGGCGGAGGAGGGGAGUAAGAUGGCGGCGCAGCCGAAUGAGUCGGCGGCUGAAACGGUUACGCCUGUGCGUAAGCCGGGUAGAUCGGUUGAAGUGAAUGUAGAAAGGCCGAGCUGGUUGCCGGAUGAUUGGAGAUUUGAGACCAAAGUCCGUACCAAUGGCGCUACUGCUGGCACCGUUGACAGGUACUAUUAUGAACCGGUCUCUGGGACUAAAUUCCGGUCAAAGACUGAGGUGCUUUAUUUCCUGGAAACGGGUGGCAAGCGCAAGAAGCCCACUGGUGCUGAUGCUACACCAUCUGAGACCCCCAGUAGCAAGAAACAGAAGAAGAGCAGCUCGAAGAAAGAAAAAAAGAAAACUACUUCUUUUUACUUUGAUUCGACGAAUCCGCCACAGAGCGUGUGCUGGGUUCAGACGGAUAGUUCUGCAGAUACUUGGGCACCUUUUGUUCAUGGCAACAUGGUUCCCGAAGGCCGAAGACAAGAAUGGGAUGCUGUCUUCACAUCUGUGUCGAAGCUGCGGCGAAAGAACGCAAAUAGGGAUGCAGGCGUCUCUAAUGUGCAGUAACCUGUUAAAGAACCUGUCUCAGUAUCUGGCUAGACUAGAUAGUGUGUCAAAUCUCAUCUGAAUUGGGCUCACUUUCUUUUGGUUUUAGCAUAGGGACCUCAUAGUUGUUGAUAGCUUCUUGCUUUGGCAUAGGAAUAGGCAAAUGUUGCUCCUCCUAACUUCUGUUCAUGGUGUAUUAGUAUGGUCUGUUGUUGGUGCCAUCGAACCAGUAAAUUUGAAGCAUUUUACUAGGAUGGACAUAUGUGAAAAAUUGUCUCAAGUAUGAAAAUACUGUAGUUAUUGAGUA